CUGGCCGGCCUGGGAACAGUAUAUAGCGUCCGCCCAGCGCGGCGGAAUCCUCUUGCCUUGGUGGUAGGGAGCAAGCAGUGCCAGCGCUAUCUCCCAGCCUCGCAGCCCGCCUCGUUCCCCUCGUCACAAGAUGCAUCUUCCCUCUUUCGCAGCCCUCUCCCUCGCCGCCACCGGCUCGCUCAAGGCCGGGCGCGGCCUGGGCUCCGAGUUCCGGUGCGGCACCCCGCCCCUGUCGCCGGCGCAGCUCCAGGCGUUCCAGCAGCUCGCCGCCGGCGACGCCGCCGCCGCCGCCGCCUCCCCGGUCGGCCUCAUGGGCGCCACGGCCGCCCGCGCCGUGGUCAACAUCACGCUGCACUACCACAUCGUCUCGUCCGACAAGACCGAGGCCGGCGGCAACACGCCCGCGUCGAGGGUGGAGAAGCAGAUGUCGGUGCUCAACUCCAUCUUCCCGCGGUACGGCUUCGCCUUCAACCUCGGCAGCGUCACGCGCACCGUCAACGCCAAGUGGGCCCAGCUCGAGCUUUUCGCCGACGCCGUCGAGAUGAAGCGCGCCCUGCGGCGCGGCUCCUACGCCGACCUGAACAUGUACACCAUCAGCCUGGGCGACGGCCUGCUCGGCGUCGCGGCCCCGCCCCUGCACGAGCCGCCGGCCCGCGACUCGGCGGACUUCAUCUGGGACGGCGUCAUCAUCACCCGCGAGAGCCAACCCGGCGGCGCCCUGGCCGAGUACAACCUCGGCUACGCGGCCGUGCACGAGAUCGGCCACUGGCUGGGCCUGCUCCACACGUUCACGGGCGGCUGCGAGGAGACGGAUGGCGGGGACCUGGUCGCCGACACGCCGGCCGAGGCCACGCCGGCAUCGGGGUGCCCCGUGGGGAGGAACACGUGCCCGAAGCGACCCGGCGUCGACCCCAUCCACAACUACAUGGACUACAGCGUCGACUCAUGCCUCAACGAGUUCACUCCCGGCCAGGCCGUGCGCAUGAGGAGCAGCUGGGACAAGUUCCGCGCUGGCAAAUAGCGCCUUGGUUGGAGGAUCGGUGCACCUGCUCGCCCGUAAACUAACCUUGGAACGCAAACAGGUGUUUAAGCGACGCGAACUAGUAUAUUGCCACGGCCCUGUCUGGCGCGUCUUUGUCCUUGAUUAGGACCGUGAGCGAGUGCCGGUCGUAUGCGUACAGAGGCACCAUUUCGGCCUUGAUCCUAUGUAUCCGGUGUGUUUCGGAGCUGUCGCCUACCCGGCACUGGAACUUUGGGUAGUUGGUAGGCGCGUUGCGGGACACCUGGAGGUGACCGUUUUCGAACGGGUUCCGAAGCGAGUGCUCGGUCUUGGCGGUCCCGUCGUAGGGCAUCUCCCGACCCGACAGGGCGUUGUCUCGAUUCCUGCUCGAGCUCGAGUUCGUGUCCGGCCUGUCUGCCGCCUCGGACGGGGCCGAGGAUGAUGACUGUGGGACACCGGGUGAGUGUACCGUCACAAAGGCUGAAGUCUGCGUGUCCUACGAGUAGUGGCUUCCGCCGUCGAACUUGGCCUCGGCGUCAACGCCAGGCUCGGCAUCCUCACCAAUCCGAGAGACUGGGCUGUGAGUGGAUGGGUCAUUGGCUUGAGCUAGAUCCCUUCAUCGCUAGGGGCUAUAGAAAAAGAGGGUUGGUCCAUAGAUGGGACUCCAACAUCC